AUGCUUUAUAAGCUCCUUAUUUUGGUUCUGCUGCAAGUUGUUGAUACGUUGGCACCCAACAGAGAGGCAGUUAUUGCUGAGCUGCUAUCUCUCGACAUCUAUGAGGUCAGAGUUGCUGAGCUGAGAGCUUACAGAGAUUAUAAGGCGGCGAAAAAAGCUGCUAAGCAAAAUAAAACAAAAGCGUGCAAACCUUCUACCAAUGGAACAUCUACAGUGAAGAUAGAAUGUCACACGAAAAUUCAAAUUUCUGCUGUGGCGAAAUCCUCCAAAGAACAUAUUGUUGCUGUGCUGAGAAAACCCCACACCACUGGAGCUAACCGUGUAAGAUUAUCACGACUAAAAGAGAAUAGUAAGAAUAGUACCACAAAAGCUGAAAGUGUCGUUAAGGGCCGCAAUCAAUACUCCUGCGGAGAAUGCAAUGAAAAGCAUAGAUCACAUACUCAUACAACUCCCAAGGCCAGUGCAGCUCCUGCUGCGAUUGAACUGCCGAAGGGCGAGAGAGCUGCUUCUGCUGCUCCUAAUAUGAAACCUAAGGUCGAUGGAAGUCAUGCUUUAGAAGCUCGCAAUGUCCAAGGAACUCGCUGCGGUUUAACACCAGCAUUAGCUAAGCCUGGUACCUAUGCUACGCUGACUGCUCACGGAAAUGCAGAAGCGCCUAUGGUGGCUUUAUUUAUUUUCCCUACAUUGAUGUUAAAGUUUGUUAAACUUACUAUUUGCUGA